CAUUUUCUGCUCAUUCUUUCCUCCCCGUCUCUUUUUCUCUGGGCUGUCCUUGUAAACGCCACAGACUUACUUAUUGUUUUAUGCUUUAACCUCUCACCUCCAUAAUUACCUCAUUAAUGUCAUCCUUUGUAUCACUCCCUCUCCUCUGUGUCCAUUUAAUAAAAAUAAAAAAGCAUAAUUAGCAUUUAAAUCUCUUUCCUACAAUGUGUUGCCCUCCUCUACAUCGUUCUCUCUCCCCUCUCUUACUCUACCAGACUACAUGUCUCAGUCACUACGGCAACCGAUGCUUUUUUUUCUUCUUCCUCACUUGCUUUCUGUAUCUCCCCCCCUCUCGUCUGCCUCUCUCUCAUUCCCUCUCUCCGCUGCCAGAGGUAAGCAUGAUAACUGAUAUGUGUCUGAGUGCUUGUGUCCGACUCCCGGCGUGCCUGCGCUGUCUCCCGGUGACAUUUCUUUGGCAUUUCGGGGAAGAAAGUUCCCCGUUUCUGCCCAAAGUGCCGUACUGAGUCCCGGCUCCGUGCAUGACGCUGGAAAUGAUGAUUAAUGUGCUGCUGCGCUCAGGUGUUACUGUGUGAAAGGGAGAGCAGAACUGACAAGAUGAUCGGAGAAGAAGAGUCUCUGUGAACACAGCGAAGCGAUGGAGAGAUGCUCCAUCUCUCCUGUCGCACGACUCGCUGCCCUCAUCUUCCUGCUCCUGGCCGCUCUGCUCUCACAGCCCUCCACCUGUAACGGCGAAGAGGACGAGAAGCCGGAGAACUCCCCGUCUGCACAGCUGUCCGUCAACUCCCAGGUGACGCCCACCCCGUUGUGGGCGGUGGUGUGGGGGCCCACGCAGCCUCUGGAGGAGGAUGCCACCUACCACUUGCUGUCCAGCCAGGAAACCGACCACCUGCACCUGCAGGAGGUCAGCAGCGCCACACCGGGGGAUUGGGUCUACCUCGAUUCAAGCGUGCAGCCCCAGGAGAAAGCACACUUGGAGUCCAGGAACAUGGAGGGAGAGAAGGAUGGAGGGACGGAGGCAGAGGAGGCGAAACCAGAGGAAGUGGACCCUCAGUUCUACGUCACCGUGACCAUCUCCUCGCUGCUCAUCCUGACAGCCGUCAUCAUCACAGCCAAACUCUGUUACGAUCGCAGCUGUUCCCAGCAUCCGCCCCCGCUUUCCCGUGGCGUGGCCCCCCCUCUGUCCCUCGCGCUCCCUCGUUCCCUUGCUUCGGAGGACAGCAGGCAGACGCUGCACAGCGCCGCCUCCUCCUUCACCGACAGGGAGAGGAUUCCAGUUGUGAACCUGUGACUAUUUUCUGUCCGUAUGAUAAACAUUUCUGCCGGACCAGGACCAGGGGACAAACCCGCAGCUGUUUUAUUUUCCUUUCCGACUGUGAAAGAAAUUCAGGGAACCCAGGUAUCCAGCCAUCGCGAAAUCUCCCCGGCUUCCCUGAGGCCUGAGAAGAAUCCGACUCGCUCCCUUCCUCUUGCACGGUGUGAAAAUUUCUCUUGGCGUGCAUCACUGUGACCCUGUUUUUCCACUGUUUGUACGGCCCCCCGAGCUCCGCCGAGCCCCCCGGCGGCUCCGCGCCUCAGCUGCCGUGACUAAUUCACCAACAAGCAGUUUAACAGCCGUGCAGCAUCCUGUUGCCCCGCCCCCCUCUGAGACGGCCCUACCUGUGCUUCCUGAGCGCUAUCAACGCCAAUCCAGCAGACUCCUCUUGUGGUUUCCAGUCCUCUUCAGCAGUAAAUGGUAAAAGAGAACAGGCCGUUCUCAGCGUAUCCAGGAGUAUUUCACAAAGCCGUUUGGUGAGGCUGCAGCCAACAGCCAAUGUGUUUAACAUGUCACGCUCCAAAAACUGAUGUUUAUUCCCCAGCUUUGGGUGCCUGAAAUGCAAAUAGUGGGGGAUCCUCUUCUCUGCAGAUGUAGCCGAGCGUUUUGCUGUUGGGUUUUUUUUUUUUUCCUCAUGAUUUGUUCUCUUAAUUAUCUGGCUGAUGUUCGCCCCUUUUGUCAAGCCUUCCUGCUGGACUGUUGUACACGUGUUAUUAAACAACGCACUUCCAGUGGCGGAGAUAAGAUAUUCAGAACAUGAAUGGACAUCUAUUUUUCCUCCCUUCCUGACGUUGGAUGGUGCCUAACAAAGGACAGAUUUAUGUUUUAAUGCAAAAGCGUGGGCGAACUGCAGCUGGGAUCUUCAGAGUAUUCUUGGUGUUUGAUUUUCUUUUCUUUCUUUCCUUGUUCCUGGGAGCUUUUUAUCUCAAUCUGGACAGCAAAACCUCCGUCAUCAGCCAUUUUGAGGAAAAUGGCACCAAAAGAAAAGAAGGAUCACCAAUGAAUCUGCAUGUAAACACUAAGAAAACGUGAAAAUUGCUUAUUGGAGAGUUUCCAAAGACAGAUUUCAGUUUCUGUUAAAGGGGACCUGUUAUGCAAAAUUCACAUUUUUUAUACUUUCAUCUGCAUUUCUGGUGCUUCUAAAAGAAAAAAAGCCCAAACACUAAAAAAAACCCCCAAAACACCCAGAUGACUUCUGGCAACAUGUUUUUUGGUGUCUGGAAAAUGAGCUGUUUUGAAAACAGAGGGCACAGCAUGUUACCUAGCAACCCCAGCCAAGCCCAGACCCGUUACCUAGCAACCCAAGUGGAGUUCCAACACAAUUUGUCCACUGAUUUUACUACUACCACUGGACAAGGCAAGUGAUUUGUUGUUGAUUUACCAUCCAGAAACCACUUGCUGUACUCUCGUUGACCAGGCUGGAGGCUCCACUUCUGCUUUUCAAAGAAUAUAGGGUUGUGUAAUUGCGCACCUGUUUUCAGCCAUUUUCACCUGUGACUGUAGAUGUUGAGUUGUGGGGGCGUGGCUAGGAGCAGCUUAUUUGUAUUUAAAGUGAAAGGAGCCCCUAAAACAUCUCGAGGCAGAACUGAGCAGAUUAAAAUCUCAUCGUCUAAAAAUUAUUUUGAGCAAAAAAUGUAAUGAACAUGCUUUGUAUCGCCCAUAAACCACCCUAACCUGCUCAAGGAAGCAUAAUAGGUCACCUUUAACCUUUCUUAAGCAGCUUUGACGUGAAUCCCAGUCAAACCAUUGCCUACAGAUGUUGUACUGGUGGUUUCAUGGUAGCUCGUGCAUCACUUCAGAUAUCCAGUCUUGUGGUCGUUCGUAGCAUUCCCGUAUGAAUUUGGUCUUUCUGUUCCAUGUAACUUGAAUAAAGACUCCACACUGGCAUUUUAGCUCUGUGUCUGUUUAUUUCUGUGCAUGCUGUGAACAAAUUCCCCAGAGAGCUGCGCAGUCCUCCAUGCUUUAUGGGGGGGAUAAAGCUUACAUUGUGCAUUUUAAUAGAUACACGUGUUUCCUAAUCUGUCUCUCUGAAGCGAGCAUUUAGUCCGGCGCUUUGCAUCGAUUUUUAAACCCUUAGUCUCGGCGUUUAAAAACUCCUGCAUGUGCCAAUCAUGUUUGCAGCCACUGAAAGGGAGAGGAGAAUAAUGCGACUCCUUAUCUCCUCACCUCAUAUGGAUUCCUCUCGCUUUGGCAAGAUUAACAGGGUGCUAAGCAGGAAUCUCCUCUGUGUGUAGUUCUUCAAACUAAUGUCAAUAAAAUCAGGGCGGGAACAGGAAGAGGAAUGCCAUCGACUGUUCGGAGAUUCUCCACCAGUCCUGCUGGUGAAGCGAGUGUUUACAUCUCCUCAGGGCAAUUCACUGAUCAAUCCGCGUAAUAAUGGAUCGCCCGGCUUCCUCAGGGAGAUUUAAUGGAUAUGCAUGAAGUAUUCACCACCCCAGGAACGUCUCACAUUUACAGACUUAAGAGCAUUUUCUUCAUCAGCUUUUUAUGAGAUAGACCAACACAGUGGAGAGCAUGGUGAUGGCAGCAUCAUGCUGUGAGGAUGAGAAAUAAAAUAAAAAACAUUUGCACAAAAUAUCAUGCAUGAUGAAAAACACUGCAGGACAUUAAAAACCAGAAGGGCUGAAACGAUUAAUCAAAUUAAUCGCGAUUAAUCAAUUUAAUCCCGAUUAAUCGAUUAUCAAAAUUAUCGUCGACUAAUUAUUAAUAGAUUAAUUGUUAACUUGAGGAGACAGACAAAAAAAUCCAGCACACUCAGAGAUGUUUUAAGCCAAAACCGUGCAAAAAUACACACAUUUCUGCAUAUUUACAACCUCUGUCUGUAAAUAUGUUCAACUCAAAACUCAAGUGUCAUUAAUGUAGCGUCACCUGGUUCAAAUUUAUUUAAAAUAAAUCUAGCAUUAGACUCCAUUUGCUAUUCAAUUAUUAAUUGGUUAAUCCAAACAAUAGUCAGCAGAUCAGCUCUACACUGUCCUGAUAAGUCAUGAAGAAGUAGCUGAACUUUUUCCAUUUAAGGCAAAAAAAUAUUUAUAUAUAUUUUCCUCUUUUAAAAAAAUCAUCAAGUUACUUGUUUAUUUGCAUAUUUUAAUGUAUUUCUAAUAUUCAAUUAUUACGCUUAAGUUAAAAAUCUGCAUGUUCCAUUUUUUAAUGUUAAAUGUUUAAGUGUUAGACAAACGAUUAAACAUUUGUCUAACAACUAAUCUAUUUGUUAGACAAAUAAAUAAAUCGAUAACUAAAAUAAUUGUUAGUUGCAGGCCUUUAUGUUUUAGUCUCAGGAAUAAUUAAUCAGGAACCAGUGAUAUGAAGCAAAACAAAAAAAAUAUUUGUUUUAUUCUCGUUUUAAAGUCGCUUCUAUUCUGACUUAUUGCGUUCUGACUGUCGGGGGCGCAGUUUCUUCUGUACACGCAAGAACAAAAAUUAAUGUCUAAAAGUUUGAGUUUUUUAUUAAAUUGCCUGUCAAUAAAACAAUUACUGUAAUUUAAUGUGCUGAAGAUGGAAGAAUACAAUUAUUUCUUUUUAAAUACGAACAGAAAAGAAUCAAAAACAUUUUAAUUCUGGCUUCAAUUUUUGACCACCAAAAAGUUGAAACACUUGUGUUUUAGUUCAUUGUUUAACAUUAUUAAUUAAAAAAGGUGCAUUUUUCUUUUUCUUUGUUGUGAAAACCAAAUUUAAAAUUUCUGCUGUCUUUGAUCACAAAGAAAAAGUUUUUUUCCCCUCUUUUUUUAAAACAAACUAAUUUCCCCCCCCGACUGGUUUCUGGUGGGAACAUCCAAUUACCAAACCUCAGACACAGAGAGAGAUUAAUCUUCCUGCAGGAAAGUCUGUUAGAUCAAAGCAUGUCUAUGUGUUAGAGUGACCUAGUUAAAGUCCAAACUUUAAUCCAACUAAGAAUCUGAGAACUGAUGUUCACUGAGCUCAAGGAAUCAAAGUUUAAUCUUUAGAUAAAAACUUUAGUUUUAAUCAACGGAGGGAGAAAAAUGUCACCCCGUUUUGAUUCUUACAUGUCAGAACAAUUCAGUCGCUUCAUAUAUUUUGCGAUUUCUCUUUUUUGUCGCGGUGUGAAGAAAUUCGGCUUCAAUGUGUGACCAGGAUGAGCGUGGAGGUGCAGGUCAAACCCGAUUCUCCAGCAUCCUCUCCCACUCAGACACCUCUGGAGGUGUACAGCUGCUAACAGUCACAGCUCCACUGUUGUGAAAAAAAAAAUAAAAAAAAUAUGAAGCUCGACACACCGACUGAAAUUAUCACGUCUAUUUAUAGAGGUGAGGCAGGAUGACGGCGGGAAGGGGGAAUUUAGGAAGAUGGCGGGUUAAAUGGAACAGGAUAAUUUCCCCGUCUGGUUUCCUGUCACCGCUGGUCAGCCAUUUGCCAUCAUUAUCGUCACGUACGAUGAAGGGAGGACGACGUGAAGAGGAGAGGAGAGACGGACGCGGUGAUGAUGGAGGCAGCGGCAUGAUGGAGGCAAUCUGAUCGUGAUGGAGGUACAAAGACGAGUGGCAGCAACUGAGACACAGAAACAGAGGCUGUGGGCCAAACAUACUGCUAUAAAAUCUGAAUGCGCUUGCCGUACGCGUGUCUGCAGGCGCUGCUGGUGCACAGGGGAAGCCUCGGCUC